AUGCUGCGAAAAUCGGGCACCAACAGAUCUCCGCCAUCGACAUGUGCAGAUUCGCCGUGCUCACCGUGCAGCGAAUCGUAUGGAGCAUCCGAAUUCGUGACAGAAUUUGGUGAUCAACAGCUUCAACCUCCACAGCCCCCGAUCGGCGACUUACCAAUUGAACCAUCAACAGCAGAAGCUCUGCUUUUAGCAGCAGAAGCACAACUCCCAACACAGUCAUGUCGCGUGGACAAUUCGCUAUUGGUUCUGACGAAAAAAUUUAUGCAACUACAGCCUCAGGGAAAUCAAUCUGGCUUGCUGAAUUUAAAUGAAGCAGCCGAAAGGUUGGGUGUGCAGAAACGACGCCUUUAUGAUAUAACAAAUGUACUGGAAGGAAUUGACAUGAUCGAGAAAAUGGGCAAAAAUAGCAUACGAUGGAAGAGUCGUGAUGAACUCGGUUCUUGUGGAAUCGAAGCUCAGAGGCUAAAAGAAGAAAAUAAAGAUUUGGAACAACAGGAGCAGUUUUUGGAUUCACUGAUCUCAAAUGUUUCGAGCGCUUUGAAGCUAGCCAAGGAAGAUCCAACUGAUCAAGCUUAUGGCUACGUGAAAUAUUUUGAGUUGUGUUCGCUGCCAGGAAUGUCCGAGCAGACGUUAAUAGCAGUGAAAGCACCGGCAGAUUCCUAUUCUUCUAUAGAUGUAACGGAUCCGGUUGAAUCUGGGAAAUUUGAAAUGAUGAUCAGGAAUACGAUGGGCCAACCGUUGGAAGCCUAUCUGUGUCCAGAUAUUUUGCCUGAAGCAACUCCAGAACAAAACGAGUCAAAUGUGUAUCCGACCAGCACGGUAAAACAGGAGCUACCAGAACAGCAAGAUUGGUCCCAGCAAUCCGAUGCAUCGGGCCCAGUGAUCAGCGGAGGAAUGCCUCCUCCUCCUCAAGCAGUAUUGCCUCAAUGCGCAAGUUCAAAUGCGGAGGCCGCGACAAAUCCCUACAGUUUACUGAGCCUUGAUCCGGUUUCGGAUGAUGAGCCAUACAUGUUUGGUAUGGGUCCGCAGGAUUCGCUGCAAAAUUUGUUCGAUUGGCCGUAG